ACCGGUGCGGGGCCGCCACCGCUUCCCGUUCCCGGUCCCGCUGUGCCGGUGCGGGGCCGCCGCGUCCCCGGCAGGAAGCUUCCCCGCUCCGCCGCUCCCCGCCGCCCCGCCGCGGGAGGGCGCAGCCCCGUAACCCUCCCUUUCCCCCCCUUCCCCUCCCCUUCCCCCGGUCUUCCCCCGCCAUGCCGGAGAAGCGUCCCUUCGAGCGGCUGCCCGCCGACGUGUCCCCCCUCAACUAUGGACUCUGCCUCAAGCCCGACCUCAUCGACUUCACCUUCGAGGGCAAGCUGGAGGCCGCCGUGCAGGUGAAAAAUGCAACCAACCAAAUUGUGAUGAACUGCGCAGACAUUGACAUUAUCACAGCUUCCUAUGCACCAGAAGGAGAUGAAGAGGUACAUGCCACAGGGUUCAACUAUCAAAAUGAGGAUGAAAAGGUUACUCUUUCCUUUCCCAGUACUCUUCAGAAAGGGACAGGGACACUAAAGAUAGACUUUGUAGGGGAGCUGAAUGAUAAAAUGAAAGGGUUUUAUCGAAGUAAAUACACCACCCCUACUGGAGACACACGCUAUGCUGCUGUCACUCAGUUUGAGGCUACCGAUGCUCGCAGAGCUUUCCCUUGCUGGGAUGAGCCUGCCAUUAAAGCCACAUUUGAUAUUUCUUUGGUGGUUCCUAAAGACAGAGUAGCCUUGUCCAAUAUGAAUGUUGUUGACAGGAAGCCGUACCCGGACGAUGAGAACCUGGUGGAAGUGAAGUUUGCCCGUACCCCGAUAAUGUCCACCUAUCUUGUAGCCUUUGUGGUGGGAGAAUAUGACUUCGUAGAGGCCAGGUCCCUGGAUGGUGUCUUAGUGCGUGUUUACACUCCUGUGGGCAAAGCAGAACAAGGAAAGUUUGCAUUAGAGGUUGCUGCUAAAACUCUGCCUUUUUAUAAGGACUACUUCAAUGUUCCUUACCCUCUUCCUAAAAUUGAUCUCAUAGCUAUUGCAGACUUUGCUGCUGGUGCCAUGGAGAACUGGGGCCUUGUUACUUAUAGGGAGACUGCAUUGCUCAUUGACCCCAAAAAUUCCUGUUCUUCAUCUCGCCAGUGGGUUGCUCUGGUUGUAGGACAUGAACUUGCUCAUCAGUGGUUUGGAAACCUUGUGACCAUGGAAUGGUGGACCCACCUCUGGCUGAAUGAAGGAUUUGCCUCCUGGAUUGAGUACCUGUGUGUAGAUCACUGUUUCCCCGAGUAUGAUAUCUGGACUCAGUUUGUUUCUGCUGAUUACACCCGUGCUCAAGAGCUUGAUGCCUUAGACAACAGCCAUCCUAUUGAAGUUAGUGUUGGCCAUCCCUCCGAAGUAGAUGAAAUAUUCGAUGCUAUUUCUUACAGCAAGGGAGCAUCUGUAAUCCGAAUGCUACAUGACUACAUUGGUGAUGAGGACUUUCGGAAAGGAAUGAAUCUGUAUUUAAAGAAGUUCCAGCAGAAGAAUGCAGCUACAGAGGAUCUCUGGGAAAGCCUGGAAGAAGUUAGUGGGAAACCUAUUGCUGCUGUGAUGAACACAUGGACCAAACAAAUGGGAUUUCCACUCAUUUAUGUGGAAGCUGAACAGCAAGAAGAUGACAAAGUGCUGAAGUUAGUCCAGAAGAAAUUCUGUGCCAGUGGACCAUAUACUGGGGAGGAUUUGCCCAUGUGGAUGGUCCCCAUAAGUAUUUGUACAAGUGAUGACCCCACCUGUGCCAAAAUGCAAAUACUGAUGGACAAACCAGAGCUCACCUUGGUUUUGAAAGACACCAAACCAGACCAGUGGGUAAAGUUAAACCUUGGAACAGUUGGGUUUUACCGUACCCAGUAUAGCCCUGACAUGCUGGAGAGUUUAAUACCAGCCAUCAAAGACCUCUCCCUACCCCCUGUGGACAGGCUUGGCCUGCAGAAUGAUCUUUUCUCUCUGGCCCGAGCUGGAAUCAUUAGCACUGUAGAGGUUCUAAAAGUCAUGGAAGCUUUUGUGAAUGAGCCCAAUUAUACUGUGUGGAGCGACCUCAGCUGUAACCUGGAGAUUCUCUCAACUCUCUUGUCCCACACAGACUUCUAUGAGGAAAUCCAGGUGUUCGUGAAAGAUGUCUUUUCACCAAUAGGGGAGAGACUGGGAUGGGACCCCAAACCUGGAGAGGGUCAUCUAGAUGCACUUCUGAGAGGGCUGGUCUUGGGCAAACUAGGAAAAGCUGGGCACAAGGCGACAUUAGAAGAAGCCCGACGCCGAUUUAAGGACCAUGUGGAAGGAAAGCAUGUGCUGUCAGCUGAUCUGAGGAGUCCUGUAUAUCUAACUAUUUUGAAGCAUGGAGAUAGUACUACUUUAGACACUAUGCUGAAGCUUCACAAGCAAGCAGACAUGCAGGAGGAGAAGAACCGAAUCGAACGAGUUCUUGGAGCCAUCUCUCAACCAGAACUGAUUCAAAAAGUUCUCACCUUUGCACUUUCAGAAGAGGUACGUCCCCAGGACACGGUAUCUGUUAUUGGUGGAGUAGCUGGAGGCAGCAAGCAGGGGAGGAAAGCUGCUUGGAAAUUUGUAAGGGACAAUUGGGAGGAACUUUAUAAUCGAUACCAAGGUGGAUUCUUAAUAUCCAGACUAAUAAAGCUAACAGUGGAUGGAUUUGCAAAUGAUAAAAUGGCUGCAGAAGUUAAGGCCUUCUUUGAGAGUCACCCAGCUCCAUCAGCAGAGCGCACGGUGCAGCAGUGCUGCGAGAACAUCCUGCUCAACGCAGCUUGGCUCAAGAGGGACGCCGACAACAUCCACCAGUACUUCCUGCAGCGCAAGGCCCCACCAGCCAUGGUGUGAAGCUGUGCAUGCCCCUGCUGCAGUCCUGCUGCCGCCUCAUGGGGAGAGGGAGGAGCGACCCCACCACCUGAUUCGUAAUGCCAAGAAUUUGGAGUCUUUUUUUCUCAAGCCAGUGGGGAUUGGACAAUGAAUGUAGUUUAACUGGUUCCUGCUCACACUCCAGAUUGAAAUCCUAGUCAAAUUCUCAGCAAUUCAGCAAAAAAAAACCAACACAAACCACACACAAAAAAAAGAAAGGAAAAAAAAAAGAGAGAGAAAAAUGUGUAAAUAUGAUAGUAAUAAACUAGAGCAUAACAAAACUGUGAAACUUCCUCAAGCCUUGUCAGUGGUUCAACUAUUUAACACCCCCCUCCUGACACUUCUUGACAGAUGUUCUGGUUUUUACACCCUCCCCUCCC